AUGCUGCUCGUUUUUGACCUUGAUCUUGAUCGUCAACCUCGCCUUCACCGCACCGUCAACCUCUUGCUUACGUCAUCCACCUCCACCUCCACCUUUGCCUCCACCUCGGGAUUUGGCGUUACAGGGGGUUUCCUUGUCCGCCAAUCGGCAGUGCAAGACGUCAUGACCGGUAUCAAUGAUGAAUCAACAACUUUGUCCACAAAAAGUGAGUUUUAUGCACACCAGGUAUCACUGCCUACUAGUAGUUCCGUCUGCUCGAACGUCAAGUUGCGAGCUGCUGCUAACAUGCAUGGUCACCCGCUGCCAACAGCUGCUUCAACUGGCAAUGCGGCGGGACAGGUCAAACUCGAGGAUGGGGAUGAUGGAGAGGAAGUGGGGAUGUGUGGGGGUUCGCUGUGUUUGCUCUUUUCAUUAGUUUUUUUCUCACGUGCACGUAUCAGGCCGCGCUGCACAGCGACUCCGACGAUUGUCCUCUUCUUUGUUUUCUCAUUGUUUGGGUAG